AUGGCAUUCAUCGUUAUCUAUCCGGCGGUGGCCAUGCUCGCCAUGUUUAUCGUCCUCGUUAUAAUAUUGAUCCUGAGAUGCGGUGGCCGACUUGGUCUACGUCAUCACGCUCUGCCAGACAACAACGACCUAAGGGAGCACACAUAUGCUCAGAAAAUCAGUUACGCCUGAUAGGAUGUAGGCAAGGUAUGUUCUCGCCAGUGUCCACAUAAAAUGGCAGGGAAUCCAACAUUCACUUUCACACUCCCCCAUCGGGAAACAUUCCACGAGCAACAUAGGAAACCAAAUGUCUCAGAUUGUAACAGAUUUUUAUCUCUGAACUUUUCACUUCUCAACCCCUAUCAACAAUCGUAUUCGGGAACGAACAAAAAAUAAAAACACACACAUUCUAACAGAGAAGCUAUGAAGGUUCAACAUGGACCAGCCGGAAAUACCCAAAUCAAAGAAAUUCGCCCAUUCUCCCGUUCUAUCAAUUUCCUUUUUCUCCACUCGGCCUUAUUAGAUUGUUGGGGCAGAUGCAUUGACAAAGAAAAAUACAUUCGUUAUUUUAUUUCCGGCCGGUCAAAUAUCAUUUUCACUAGAUUCAGGAAAGCGGAAAAGAAAUAACAUGCAACGGGUAACACUUCUGCUCGGCUGAAUGCGCCUAAUUGAAACGGAUUCCGUCCAAUUUUUGACUUGAUUAUCUUCAUAUAUGACAGAAAUUUUUAUACAAUGUUUUGUAUUGUAGCUUUAAGAUAUAUUUUUCCAGUAAAUUUAACGCCAAUUGAAACCAUACCCAAUAUUAUGACGUUGUUUGUAAAAUUGAUUGAUCGUGAUAAGCGAAUGAACUCAUUAAGAGGCGUCCAAUUAGCGUAAAUAUAUUUCACAACUGCUCCCAAAGCUCCUCUUAGAACGAAAAACAAUGUACCGACUCCCACAUAUCCACAUAAAUCCGCUGGGAGUGGUGCCGAUGCGGUUGCAACUUUACAUCGCAAAAUAGAUCAUAAAAGUACAAACAGAGAGAAGACCAAAAACAAACAUCGGUGUUAAUUGGAAUCUACGGUUAAAAUUCGAUUGAAGGUUUCGAAUAUAAUUAUACAUUAAAAAAUAAAUGUAAUGACAUUUGCGAAUCGCACAAACACACGUAAUGAGUUAAAAUGUGAAAGUUCGAACGAAAAAUAAAAUUGCAAUCUUCUUAAUGAG